UAGAGUAUUCUAAUGGUUGACAGUGUUAUAAAAAGAUUGUGUAUUUGUCAUAUUAUAAAAAUAAAAAUCUACUACUUCGUCAAAAAAGAUUAUUGUUAAAAAUGGCUGAUGAAGCAAGAAAAUUUCUCCAAGAUAUGCUGAAUAGAGUAAAUGGGCUACAUUGUAUACUUAUUUCUGACAGAGAUGGCGUACCAAUGUUGAAAGUUUCCAAUGAUAAAAUUCCAGAACAAAUAACAAAACCGAAUUUUGUUUCCACUUUUGGUUUGGCGAUAGACCAAGGAAGUAAAUUAGGUUUAGGAAAGACUGAAACUUUAAUCUGCACUUAUUCCCAAUACCAGGUUGUACAGAUGAACAAAUUACCUUUAAUAGUCUCUUUUAUAGCCAGUGAUAGUUGUAAUACAGGUCAUAUCUUGGCAUUAGAAAAACAAAUAGAUAUAAUUGUUGCCGAUUUAGCUUUAGCUGUUACAGAAUCAUAGUCAUUACAUUUUAAAUCGCACAAUUAUUAGAUUUUGUAAUAUGUUUCCUAUUUGAAUAACAACUUUUAUAUUUAAUGUCAAAAUGUAUAAUUUAUAAUACCACUAUAAGUGGAAAAAGUGUACUGUUUAUAUAAAUUUUUCUUCAUAUAUUUAUAGGUUCAUGUGAUAAUUAUUUUUAGUCAGCGGCUAGUUAUGAUUAUGUGGUUGUAUAGUUAGAGACACAUCACAAUAAAUGCAAACUUACACUCAGUUGCAGUAUAUGCCAAAAUUUACUAUACAUUUCAGCUAGUAAUAUCAAAUAAUACUAAAUAUGGGCUAAAUCACAUUUAGAAAAACACAUUUUUCUAUAUAUUCAUAAUUAUAAUGAAAAUUUAUUUUUGUAAGUGAUGAGGUACCUGAGUACCUUUGGAAUAUUGAAAUUUAAAGAAAAGUAUGUUUUGUGCUUUGUAAGUAUCUGUGAAGAACUGUAGACUAUUUAAUUUUUUACCCAGUCAACUAAAUCCAAUAUUUUGUGAAAACCAAAAUUUUUCACUCUCAACUCUUUUCACAAGGUAGCCGGGUACCUAUUUGCAUUUUGUAUAACAAUGGAAAAAAGUAUUUAUAAUUUCCUACAAAAAUUUGUUAAAACAGUUUAUUUCUAUAAAAAUUACAAGUUCUUUGCUUAUACAGAAUUAUCACUGCUAUCGAAUCAGGUUUACAUGUU